AUGUUCACGACAUCGAGCGCCGGUGCCCUCAGGGCCGGAGCGAGGAGAUUGGAGACGACGGUGUGUCACAAUGCUAGCCUUCAGAGGAGGUUAUUCUCAGUAACGUCGCAAAGAGCCGGCGGCUUCAUCGUCUUCAAAAAGGGCUCCAACCCCGAGCUCCAAGAGCGCCUCGACACCCUCUACAACAAGAUCGUCCUCCCCUCCUACCUCAGCCAAGAGCAGCAGCGCAAGCUCACCAAGACCAAAUAUAAAGAACAGCUCCGAAACGACCCCAUCACCAUGGAAAUCGACGGCGAAAUCCACAAGUUCCGCUACGUAGAUCCCACAAAGGACAUUCCCAGCGCAUCCAAACUAGUCAGACAGGCUGUCGAACACAUGCAACACGAAGACUACCACAACCUCCACCUCGUCCUGAAAGGCUUCAAGCGCGCCAACAGAAAACUUCACGACGAGCUCGCCCUCCACAUCAUCAGGAAAGCCCACCAAGCCGACCGCCUCGACGCUGUCAUCGACUGCGCCAAGCAGGUCGAGCUGACGGGCUUCAAGCUCGACUCACCCUUGAAGCUGUCUUCCCUCCUCGUAGGGGCGCAGACAAGGGCGAUCGAGUCCGGCUUUAAUCCUAAGCCAGCAAAGAAGGCGCUCAAGCAGACGGAGAAAGUGAUUGACUUGCUGGAAUUCGAAGGCAAGAGGCACCAGCCCAGCAACAGGUCCAAGACCCAAAGGCCCUUCUACCACGAGCCGAUGUUCCUCGGUUUGAGACUAAACCUUGCCGCCACUCUUGCGGUAAAAGCCAGGGACGGCCAGGAUGAGGACGGGAAGGUGACUCAGUACGCUGAGCAGAUGGUUCACUUUUGGCCUGAAAACACUGGCAUCCUCGACCUCCAGCCCGAUGCUGCGUAUGAGGACCCGCAAAACGUACAAUAUCUCCUCGACCGCAACGAGUUCCUUUACCAUGUGUCGCCUGUGCUUCAUGGCUUGCAGAUGGCUGCCAAGGUGGUGGACCCGGGUCUUUCGAUGAAGCUUCAGAACAGGGCGGAUGCGCUGGAGGACGAGAUUAGACAGGCGUAUGAGUGGGACGAGCGGAUGCCGGCGUCGGGAGAGGUCAUGUAUAACUGGUUGUUCAACACGGAGGAGAUGCUGGGGCGUAUCAAGGCGGAGAAGAAGAAGAAGGUGGAAGCGGAAGUGAACCCAUGA